AUGGCUUCGAUACAGGGUGUCAAUACGGUAGUCGCUACACAGGAUUCUAUUACCGGGGACGAUGGUAUUGGCAUUGAUGCAAAGGGAGCAAACUGCAAUACCCCGAAGGAGGGGGCGUCAGUUAUUAAUGAAGAACAAACGCCAAAAACAUACUACAGCAGUGUUUCCGUAUGGCUCAUGGUUCUGUUUUCUGGUCUCGCGAUCGGGUCCGACGGCUACAAUGCCGCCGUAAUUGGCAAUGUUGAAUUGCUGCUCGCCAUUCUUUACCCCGAAGAUCUGACGACAUCCAUUUAUCAGAGACUUUCGAAUGCUUUUCUGAUUGGCAUGAUUGUUGGCAUGAUCCUUUUCGGCGUUAUCAGCGACCAGCUUGGCCGCAAGACUGGUGCCGUUGCGACGACAAUUCUGCUGGUGCUUGGAAUCGCUCUCUCUACCGCGGCAAAUGGAAACACCCCUACUGGCAUGUUCUGGAUGCUUAUCAUUGCCCGUGGUAUUGCUGGAGUUGGUGCUGGAGGAGAGUAUCCAGUGUCUGGCGCUGGUGCAGCCGAGGCGACCGAUGAAGAUGCCAAGUAUCGCAAGAGACGAGGAUUCAUGUUCGCCAUGCUUGCAGAUUUGUCGGCCAGUCUAGGCUACGUUUGGGGAGGCUUGGUUCCAUUACUCUUGCUCCUUUGCGUAGGUCAGAAUGUUUCUCAGUAUCACAUCGUCUGGCGAACCUCGUUUGCGCUGGGUAUGGCGCCCCCACUUCUUAUCUUUUGGUUCAGAAUGCGCAUGGCAGUUUCUAAAGCUUAUCGCAAGUCCGCAUUGCGAAGACAGAAAGUGCCUUAUUGGCUGGCCUUGAAGAGAUACUGGCGACCACUACUUGCAGCUGCUUCAACAUGGUUUCUGUACAACUGGAUCAGCAUUCCUUUUGGGAUAUUCAGCUCAACCAUCAUUUCAAGGGCCAAUGUUGAAGACAGCCUCGUCAAAACUCUGGGAUGGGGGGUUGUAAUCAACUGCUUUUACAUCCCUGGGCCUUUCAUAGGAGGCUACCUUUCCGACAAAGUCGGCAGACGUCAAACAAUGGCUCUGGGAUUCACUUUGCAAGCCCUCCUCGGUUUUGUUCUUGGGGGCGCGAUGAAUCCCAUCCAAGGCGUUUUCCCGUUAUUCGUCGUUCUAUACGGCAUCUUUUUGACCCUCGGUGAAGUUGGACCUGGAAGCACUGUUGUUCUCAUCGCUUCUGAGUCCUUUCCAACAUCCAUCCGUGGUCAGAUGAUGGGCCUUAUUUCCGCCUUCUCAAAGGCAGGAGCUGCUAUUGGAACACAGGUUUUUACAGCCAUCCUUAACAAGUAUACUUCGGACGCCUCGAAAGGUAAUCAAGUCGCAUUUUUGAUUGGAUCAGGCUUCGCCGUCUUGGGAGCCCUCAUUGCCAUGUUGGUCAUACCAGAUACAUCUAGAUAUUUAGAUGAUGACGACGAAGCUUGGAAGCAGUACCUCGCAGAUAAUGGCUGGGAUGCACAAUGGGGCGAUGAAGUGACGCGUGAUCCAUCUGGGGUAGUCAUGAACAAAGCCGCAUCUUAA